CAACUGCCGUUCCAUCUGCCGUUCCUUCUCCACUUCUCUGCAACUUAUUUAAAUUCUACUUUAUUUUUGUUUCCAGAAAAGAGCAUCUCAUUGAAACUUUGUUAUCGCCUUUGACUUGCGGACUUGAAAAUGGAGUCCGCUACUCCUUCAUAUAGUUCGUAGGAAUACCAAAUGAAAACACUCUCCCCUCUUACUUCUCUUUUGUUUCUAACGAUCCCCGCAACAACGGAAGCAAAAUGAGUGCUGGGAUUUUUGUGGUGACAUCUACAGGACAAGGCCAUCUCUUCCCCUGCAUUGAACUCUGUAACCAUCUCGCUUCCCGCAAUUACCAAGCUACCCUCGUCCUCCCCUCUCAGCUCUCCUCUUCUCUUCCUCCCUCUUUCCUCCAAAACCCUCUCCUCCGCCCCGCCCCAAUCACAGCCCCUGCCCGUCUCAUGGUCCCGGAAUCCGACCCCCUCCGCCAACAAUCGGCCGCGGAGCUUGAGGCUUAUCUCUCUUCCACAUCGGAUUCGGUUCGGAUCCUCUGCGCGGUUGUUGAUUUUCAGAUGAGCUGGACCAAGGGUAUUUUCUGGAAAUUCAACAUUCCAGUCAUCGGAUUCUUCACCUUCGGCGCCUGCGCCGCCGCCAUGGAGUGGGGCGCCUGGAAGGUCGACGCCGGAAACAUCAGACCCGGCGAGUCCCGUACGAUCCCCGGCUUGCCGGAGGAGAUGUGUGUUGAGUACUCCGACCUCAAACGCCGACCUGGAGGGCCUCCACGCGGCAUCGGCGGUCCACCCGGCCCGCGACCAGGCGGCAGAGGCCCACCGAAGCCCGGCGACAUGCCGCCGUGGGUUCCGGCGAUAGAGGGAUCGAUCGGGCUGAUGUUCAACACGUGUGACGAUCUUGAGCGUCCAUUUUUGGAGUACAUGGGCAAUCAAAUGGGAAUGCCAGUAUGGGGCGUAGGCCCACUCUUGCCGGAACAGUACUGGAAAUCCCUAAAUUCCCUCAUCCGCGACGGCCAAAUCAGAGCUUCAAAACAUGAGAGCAACUUCACAGAAGAUCAUGUGAUCCAGUGGUUAGAAUCAAGACAAGAACGAUCGGUACUAUACGUAUCAUUUGGCAGUGAAGUGACUCCAACCACAGAAGAGUUCCAUGAAUUAGCAAGGGCAUUAGAAGACUCCAACCCACCAUUCAUAUGGGCCAUAAAGAACAGCUCCGAACUCGCCUUUCUAGAUGAGCUGGAAAAGAGAGUGGGCAAAAGAGGACUGAUAAUAAGGGGAUGGGCGCCACAGUUACUGAUUCUAAGCCAUAAAUCAACUGGUGGGUUUAUAUCUCACUGUGGCUGGAACUCCACAGCAGAAGCAGUAGGGCUGGGGGUUCCGAUAUUGGCGUGGCCGAUAAGGGGAGAUCAACACUACAAUGCGAAGUUGGUGGUGAAGCAGCUGAAGGUGGGGGCAAUGGCAGUGGCGUCGGAGAGGGCUGGGAAGGAGGAUAUAGUGAAGGGAAUAGAGAGGGUGAUGGGAGAUGAAGAGUUGAGAAAGCGUGCGGGGAUGUUGCGAAGGAGAUUUGAGAGUGGAUUUCCUGGGAGCUGUGAGGCUGCCUUUGAAGCUGUUGGGAAAUUUAUUAGCCAAAGAGCAACUUAAUCAUUAAGUUACUAGUAAUAAAUAAUUGUUGCAUAAAGCUACUGUAUUUGGAAGUGGUCCAUGUAUGAUGAUUGCUGUGUGGGAAUACUUCAUCCUUGUUUGUAAAAUAAUGCUUUAACUUAAUACACUUUGGUAUGAUUCAAGUUGCAACUAA